AUGUCUGCCAUUGAAUACAACGAUUUGCUUUUCAAAGUAAGCCAGAGACUCAACGAGCUGAAUGUAGACAGACGAUUGCUCGUUAUGUGCAGAGGGAAGCUGGCGCCUUGUAGCGAAGAACACCUUACAGAUGUCUUACAGUUGUUUUGGGCAUUAGAAGAGAAGGAAUAUCUAGGACCUGAUAGACUGGGUGUAUUGAAAGACGUCAUAGGAGGUUUAGAGGAAUGGUCUCUUUUAGAAAAUGUCGAAAAGUUUGAGACCAAAAGAAAGGAGUAUCAUAGUUUGCUUGAGCAGAUUAUUCAGGCACUCGACGAGCUAAAUGAUGUGGAACAGCUCGUCUCGAUUUGUAAAGGAAAGAUAUCAGACGAGAGGCAAGGCAACAUUCGGGAUGUUCGAUCAUUGUUUCAAGAACUGAAGAACAACAGCUGUCUGGAAAUUAAUCGUCUUGAUAUCUUGAAGGAGAUUUUAAUACAAACGGAUAAAAGAGACCUGCUUGAGAAGGUGGAAGAGUUCGAGGAACGAAGAAAUCGGGAACAUAAGUCUGAAAGGCGAGCAGGUGCUUAUUUAAGCCUCUUAAACCGUUAUUCCUUUUUUUCAUCAUUAAGUAAAUAAAAUCUAACCUUAUUAUUGGGUGAUGUAACCAAUUUUUUUGGGCUUGUUUGCUUUCAGCACGAUUAGCUGCCAUUGUUUCCUCGGCUAGCGGAAAUCUAACAGGAGGUAAGAUGUAAGAUGCAAAUUAAAUGUUUAGAUAGGAGAAGGUAAACAGGUCGCCACGGAAAAGACUUUGGACUAAUGUUGCACAAUGCCGUUUGUUUUAAAUUACACUUUCAGCCCGGAAAUUCAAGCCCCCGGUGCUACGUAUCGUAAAUUUCUGCCUGUAUCUUACUUAUUUCACUCCAAAUUGAGGAAUGUAAAUUGUGGUUCUGGCGAGAAUUUUCUUUGACGUGCAUGGCCAAGCAUGGCCAUGAAUAAACUUGCCCUUUUGUCCUGAUUUUCUAUCAGCGAAUGAGCCUGGAUACAGACCCUUAUCAAUUUUGACUAAAUAAAAUAGUUUUCUCAUAGUUCGUUUCAAAUUUAUUAUUGAAUAAAUAGUUCUUAUUUUUGAAAUAAAUGUAACUGCAAUAUCUAACAUGAAGCAUUUCGAUAACCCCCCCCCCCCCCAAACAAACAAAACAAAGAAAUACGAACAGACGCAAAAGAAAGACAAACCAGAAAAACUAAAAGAUAGAGAAGAAGCAAUAAAAGGACUGCAGAAACAAAAGAUAAGAAACAGUUUUGUUUUUUGGGGGGGGGGGGGGGGGGUUUAUCAAAAUGAUUCAUGUUAGAUAUUGCAGUUACAUUUAUUUCAAAAAUAAGAACUAUUUAUUCAAUAAUAAAUUUGAAACGAACUAUGAGAAAACUAUUUUAUUUAGUCAAGUUUUUUAAAAAACAUGAGAACGAAUCACAGACAGCACUGAUUUGCUAUCCCCCCCCCCCCCCCCCCGAAAAAAAAAAGCAUUGAUUGCUUUUGCCUGGGUCUAGUGGAGUUUUCAAUUACUCUACUAAUCUAUUGUCUGUGAUCUUGAGACAAUCUUGAGCCGGAUUGCUACUUCGUAUGUUGCAGUUUUGACUAUCAAGACCGUAUUCAAGGUAGCCGCCGGGGGUAUUGUUAUUGCUUCCGCCUUUGAACUCCUGAGACGUGGUUCCAGUUAUGAUCAACUCGUCACUGCCAUUUCUACUUGCGUUCUCCCUGCUGGUGCUAAACUAGUGCAGAUAACUGAAGGAAGUGUUAAUCUCAAAGUUCAAGCAGAGCACAUUUCAGCUCUGGACACUUUGUGGAGUUUGUACAAAGAUGGGACGCUUAAGGAAGGUCUGGAAGACUUAUUUAUCACCGAUGAGGUAACAGAAAUUGCCGGUGGAGAGCAAGUGGAAUUGAUUGUGACCAUCGAUGAACAAGAAUACAAUAAGGCCCGAAAAGAGUUAAGCAUGGAAGCACAAAGAGGUGAUUAAAGACCUUUUAUCAGUUCAAUUUACUCUCAAAUACUUUCUGCUAGCGGCAAGUACUCAGGAUUUAGGACAUGAAGGUCUUAAUGAAAGAUGGGGGAGGGUCCAUAUGCCGUUUGUACAUUCAAAUUCUCGGUCUUUGUUUGUUAUCGAUAAAAUGCAAAUUAACUAUUUCAAGAGAGAAUUAUUCUCUCUUGAUUAUUUUCAUUCUUUAUUUACGUCACUUACACAGUUUAAACUCUAUACAAAGUGUAUAACUUGAAAUAAUUCAUUAUUUAGGACUUUAUCACUGACUGGAAUAGUCUGCCAUCUGACUAGUCAACAACAGAUUCAACUGCAGCUUUUAAGGCCACCGUCUCAGACUACAUAAUGCUUGUCCCUUCCUAUUUAUUGUAUUUCUAUUUUUAUUAUUAGUAGUAGCACUUUAGUUUAUUUAUAGUUAAGGAGCUUGUGACUAUAUCUAUAAAAGACUUUGCAAGGUAAAAUAUGUAAAAUAAUGUAACAUGUUAAUUUUUACCGAAAACUACCGCUUACAAACCCUGGCUUCUACAUCUUCGUAAGGGGUUUUAGGGCUUAAAAAAAAAAGGGUGCCAACUUUCCUCACUUGCAGCCAGUGGCUGAAUUGCGGAGGAAUUAGAGAAGUGACAUCGGACGUCAGCAUGUAAAGGCUUACUCUUGCAGCCACUUCAGUCCAUGUUUUGAUCACACCUCGCCCACCCAGACCGAUUGCGGCACAAGUCAGACAGACCAUGAUAACAUCGGGGCCUACGUCCCGUUCUCUUUUCAGACAAUGCCACGAGUUCUUUACGUCCCCUUCCAACUGAAGUACAAGGAUGAAGAAGACAAGGCCAAUGGCUUAACGUCACCGCCUAAUGACCUUGGUUUGAUGGUAUGGCCGGGGUUUGAAGUCACGACCUCCCGCUCAGAAGAUCGGCGCUCUUGCAACUGAGCUAACCGGGUGGCGGUUAAAUCCGACUGGGCUUAUGACCGCAAAAAAAGCGCUUCGAAACAAGCUAUUAAUAGCAGUGCCGAUCAAAAUCUUUUAGCAUUAAUUGGUGUUAAUUAAACUUGAAAACUUUAUAAGACGAAUUCAUUUUAAUGCAUUUGGAGGGGGCUUUGAUCCGGGGGGCUCUUAUUCAGAUUUAUACUUUUUUUUGUUUACCGGUAGAUGGACCUACGGCUGAGGCGGAGGGGGGAUCGCAUGUGGGGCCUACUUCUCCAUUUUUGAUUUGAUUUUCCUCUACUUUCGACUGAGUUUCCGUUUAAUUUGCACUAAGAUGAAUUUUAUUGUAUGAAGGUCCUGUUGAUGAGAGAGAGGAGUGGCAGGAGAAACUCGCUUACAUUCAGAGUUAUUUAGAGCAAUCCAAGGACAGUGAUUCCUACAGCGUCACAACGGAAACAAGCGACAGUGGAAUGGCGGAAUCACGCGUUGCACCAUCUGAGCUUGGAAUGGAAGAAACCAGCGGUAAGAUACUCCUUAUAUGAAUAAACUUUUCGGUCAAUUUAUCUUGGACAAUCGGAACAACGAAUUUUUUCAGUUUUAUAUUUUUAUCAGAAACCUGGUUCCUUUUCAAGCGUCUGUUAAAAAAACAAAACACCCGUGAGGCAAGUCAUUUAACCAUCAUAAUCCCCACUAUACAGACUCUUAGUUACUUGUUUGCAGUUAGUUUUGACAGUUGAUAGGAUCGACAAAGUUUCUUCUUGCAUUUUUCAGCUCUUUUGUUCACUUUCCUAGAUUCCAUUUUCAAUCUUUGUUUGAAAGAUGUGAGUAAAGCAGUGACAUCUGAACUGACAUGCAGACUUGGAACUGACCCUUUUGCUCUACAGCGAUUUUAUCAAUCAUUUGGGCUUGAUCCUGUGAAAUUGCUUCCCGAAAGCCUUGAAGAAUUCUUCCCCGACACCCCAAUCAAGCUGUUAAGAGACGUGUUUGAUGAGCUGCAGUUAUAUGACCUUGUAGAGUUGCUGGACAAAGUAAAACCACGCACACUUCGUCCUGUCUUCCCCCUUAAAGAGAUCAGAAAGGCUCUAAAUGCCGCAAAUCGCCCAACAAAGUUUUACAGCAAAGCAGAGGUUUUCAUUAUAAAGUUCUCUGAAAGUGUUGCUGCAGAUUACAAUGUGUUGAGUUUUACAUCGUUUCUUAAAGCCUUAAAUUCAAAGAGUAACAUAACUACAGUUACCUCAAGGAAUUUGGCUAAAACGUUAAGAACCUUCAAGGAAACAAAGAAGAUGGUCGAAGAGGAAGACAGGAAAGCAAACACGAAAGAAACGAAGUUAAAGGAACUUUUAGACAAAAGGGUGCCAUUUAGCUGGUAUAAGCACAAAAGCCCACGGCUGACGUUGUCCGUCGGCCGCAACAGCAAUGAGCACCUAUUGAAAGCGUUCUACAAAGAGGAGCAGGAAAUGAGAAAAGAACUAGAAAAUGUGAUAAAACAGAGAGAGCAGUGGACGAAAGAGAUAAAACCUAAAAUCGAGAAGGAGAUAAAACAAAAGGAGGAGGAACUACAAAGAGAGAAUGAGAAAUUCCAAAUGGCUGUUUGCGACGUCAUGGACAAAUGGAUGUGCCAAGCGAGCGAUGAAGGUUUGUUUAGCAGUAAGAAAGUGUUUGGCUCUAUGCAUGUUUUUUAGAAGUGACUCCUUGUCUGGUUCUUUGCUGUUUUCCGGGAAGAGCAUGCGCCCGAAACUCCCUAGUCCUGAUGGGCACUAUCGCGCCAAUAUUGCCACUGUAUACUAUUAAUAUCUCUAGGCACCCUCUAUCACAAAAUCCUCCGUCCGCCCCUGACAAUCACCUUUCGCCUGAAGGACGCUCUACUUUUAUGAACAACCCGAUAGUACGGAUAGCAGCUAAAUUCCAAUACAUUAUUACGGACUCUCGCUGUUAUGAACACUGGCUGCCUGCUGUCACAUCUACGACGUAACUAAAGUUUAACUUAAGUCAGUGUCAAGUUAGGUGAUGUCAUACCUAACUGUAGUUAGUGCUUUCGGUCGACAUUGCGGUCACACCACGCAGUUAACAACAGUUAGUUCUAAUUAGCCUAGUAAAUUUUUUGUUUGUUGGUUUUGGUUUCCCCCUCGCUUCACGCUUGGUUUUUAUUUUGCAUAUUUAUAUAUACUCAUCUCGCACGUGCGAAAAGAAGUGUCACAUUCUGAUUGGUUGUUUGUUUGCAAAAUUAAGACUAACCCACCAACCCUGCUUGGGUAUAACUAUAGUUAGUCUGUAUUGUUUUGGAUCACCGAGGCGUAAAUUUUCUAACUAUAGUUAGAGCGAACAGAGAAGCGGUCCGACAUUACCGAAAUAGCUAACAAUAGUUAUCCCCGUCUUAACUAUAGUUAGUAGUCCAGAUGUGACCGCAGCCACUAUCUCAUGGUCUCGAGGUCGUCCGCAUAGAAAGUCAGAGUUGUACAUGUACUUCCAUACAAAGAUCUUGAAACCGGAAGGCCGCAGUUGACUUUCCUCUGCCCCCACUUGAGAAAUUGGUGCUGAAAACAGUUCUUAAACAUACCUAGAGCGCGUUUGUUUCUCUGGGGUCUAGUUUUUCAGUAAAGUGACUUCAAAUUAACCAAUCUUACAAAAAUGUAAGAAAAAUGGACCGUUUUAACAUUCUUCUACCUACAUAUUUUUCCUCCUUAAGAUAUGUGUAGCCAUUACGUCAGACGAUGAUAACUGUCGUAGCCUGUUCCAUGCUCCAAGAUAGUAAUGUAGGGUCAAUUUUAAUAAAGAGUUCUUCCAGUUGAAGAAUUUUCAAGUCGCCAUGAACACUUUAAUGGAUCAUGGACAACAACAAAUCACAGCGCGCGUAGCGUUCUAUUUCCACUAUCGUCGCCUACCAUUGAAAUAUUACUGUACUUACUUAGGAGGUGAAAAACAACAAUUCUUAAUCUCACAAUCCUGCUCUUGAAUUUGUUUCACGCAAAGAAAGCAUUUCAGGCUUCCAGAAAUUUGGCACCUACAGCACAGCGAAUUUGUUGCCAUCAUCGAUUAUGGUUGAAUAGCUUAAGUUACUAACACUAAUACUCGUGUCCUCAUUAAGGCUGUCUAUCAGCGCACUCGAAAACUUUAACCUGGUCCAUUUCAUUUCUUUGUAGGUGAGGAAUCAACCUUGUAUGUCGUGCUUUUUAUGGAGAAUUUAACUAUCAGAUAUGAUGAAGUUAGAGAAUUGCUGAAGAGGACACGAAGGUGUUUGAGAGAAAAAUUCGCAUCUAUUCCAAACACGAAGCUAGUAAUCAGUUCCAAUACCUGGUCAAGUUGGGGCGAUGGAAAUAUUCCCCAGGAAACUCUUGAAGUACGCCUUAGUGAGAGUGAAAGAGACUUAAUCCUGGGUUUGAUUGUGGAACUACUUGAGAAUCGCUGGCAGACAUUAGACUUAAUUUCGGUGUUCCGAGAAGUACAAAGGACUGUAUCUAUCAAGAAGACUCCCCAGCAUCAACAUUUUAA